GCGCCCGACUUCGAAAUUGGAACCCGGAGAAACCAGUGGCGCCGAGGGACCUCACCGAGUGAAGGAGAACGGCGCGUGCGCCCGCUUGUGGGCGGAGCCUGGGCGCGGCAGGGGCGGGGCUUGUCGUCACGCGCAGCCCCGCCCCUCGGUCUCCGGGAGGCGGCAACCGCUACUCCUUGUCUCUUCCCGGUUGUCGGGGACUGCUUCACCUCAGUUCUCAGUGACUAUGGGGGACCCCAGCAAGCAGGACAUCCUGGCCAUCUUCAAGCGCCUGCGCUCGGUGCCCACUAACAAGGUGUGUUUUGACUGUGGUGCCAAAAAUCCCAGCUGGGCCAGCAUAAGCUAUGGGGUGUUUCUCUGCAUUGACUGCUCUGGAUCACACCGGUCGCUCGGGGUUCACUUGAGUUUUAUUCGGUCCACAGAGCUGGAUUCAAACUGGUCGUGGUUCCAGCUUCGAUGCAUGCAAGUUGGAGGGAACUCAAAUGCUUCUUCCUUCUUCCACCAACAUGGGUGUGCCACCAAGGACACCAACGCCAAGUACAACAGCCGUGCGGCUCAGCUCUACAGGGAGAAGAUCAAGACUCUGGCCACCCAGGCCACCCGCAGACACGGCACCGAUCUGUGGCUGGACAGCUGUGCGGCUCCACCUGUGUCCCCUCCUCCAAAGGAGGAAGAUUUUUUUGCUUCUCACGCCUCUCUGGAGGUCAGUGGUGCUAUGCAGGCAUCCGCACAGCCAGAGUCAGCCUCUUCAACACCGUGGGGCUUGGAAACCACUCCAGAAAAACAUGAAGGUGGGCCAGGACAAGGGCCAAGCGUGGAAGGUCUGAACACCCCUGGAAAGGCUGCACCAGCAGAGGUUUCAUCGAUUAUAAAAAAGAAGCCAAAUCAAGCAAAAAAAGGACUUGGAGCCAAAAAAGGAAGCUUGGGAGCCCAGAAACUGACAAAUACAUCCUUCACUGAGAUCGAAAAGCAAGCUCAGGCUGUGGAUAAGAGGAAGGAGCAGGAAGACCUUGCCAGGGGUGCCCCAAAGGAGGAGUCUAUUGUUUCGUCCUUGCGACUGGCCUACAAGGAUCUGGAAAUCAGCAGGAAGAAAGAUGAAAGACUGAACCUGAGUGGCCAGAAGAAGGUGGAAGCCGAGCGGCUGGGCAUGGGCUUUGGAAGCUGCAGGAGUGGCAUCUCCCACUCGGUGACUUCAGACAUGCAGACCAUUGAGCAGGAGUCGCCCACACUGGCAAAGCCGAGGAGGAAGUACCAGGAGGACCCAGAGGACUCGUACUUCAGCUCCAGCUCCAAGUGGUCUGAGCAGAGCAGCAGGUACUUUGACGACCCCAUGGAGUUAAGAAGCAGCUCCUUCUCUAGCUGGGAUGAUGGUGCCGAUUCCUACUGGAAGAAAGACAGCAGCAGAGACCCCGAGCCUGCCAUGAGAAGCACCGGCUCUUCAGACAGGCCCAGUGCUCGCCGGAAGCCAGAAUAUGAGCCCAUUGGCAGCACAGAUGAAGCCCAGAAGAAGUUUGGCAACGUCAAGGCCAUCUCUUCAGACAUGUACUUUGGAAUUCAAGCCCAGACAGAUUUUGAAACCCGGGCGCGGCUGGAGAGGCUCUCCACCAGCUCCUCCAUAAGCUCUGCAGACCUUUUUGAUGAGCAGAGGAAGCAGACUGCAGGAAACUACAACCUUUCCAAUGUGCUGCCCAAUGCCCCAGACAUGGCGCAGUUCAAGCAAGGUGUGCGCUCCGUUGCUGGAAAACUUUCCGUCUUCGCCAAUGGGGUCAUGACGUCCAUUCAGGAUCGCUACGGUUCUUAAUCCUGGUGCCAGGCUGUCCAACCUGGUAAAACUCCACUUCAGAUGGACCUGAGACCACAUCUGGCUGCGCCAAUGCCCCAGCUGCUUUGUGGGCAGGCUCUACUAGUUGGCGAGGCACCUGCACAUUUCUGAGUGUCCAUGUUUCCUUUGAGACAUCCCCAUUUCUAUGUAGGUGGGAUUUUGCUUUCAUUUCUGAUUUAAAUUAGCUCCUUGUGUCCUUGCUUUAUCUUUGGGGCAUCUUUAGUUCCAAGAACUGGAAGCCAGAGCUGCAGGCUCCUCCCACCUCUCUCCAGGCUGGUGUUGACUGGGCCCGGAAAUCAAUCCCCAGCACUUACUUCUCACUGCAAAGGAGCAAAACAACAAAAACAGCAAGACCAGAAGUGCCCAGCCCCUUGCUGACAGAUUGCUUCGUGUGUGUCCCCACACAACACACACUUAAAGCCAUCUGUCACUCUGUAAGUUAUUUUGUACAUUCUCUACUCUUAAAAGUGUCCCCCAGUCAGUUCCUUUAACAGACCUGAGCUUCUAUGAUGCCAAGGGCGUUCACUGCGACCUGGGAGUAAACAGGGUGUCGCUGCCCUGUGAGAGGAAGAUGGGGCCACCCCAGGGCUCCCAAUGCACUCGGAAGUCAGCAGUACCAGGAGCUCAGGCUGAGAAGGACAGCAGUGCGGCUUCAGGACGAAGCUCAGCCAGGGAGAGGGCGAUUAUAAUUGGGUAGUUUUGUUAAUAUUUUUUUAUCUUGUCCUUGAUAUUCCAAAAGUUACAGGAUAGAUGUAAAUCAAUAAAGUCAUUUGGCUGUGUUUUAGACAGCUCCAGAAUAUAUUGUUCAGCGCAGUAAAAUAUAUUUGGAAUUUGAUGAACCAAAAAUGUGAUUUCAGAUGACUAUUUUGUGACUUUCUUAAAAGGUCUGAUUUGUAGACUUCUAAAUAUAACACACAGCACAGCA